UGCUGUGCUAAGGAGUGAGGUCUUUGCUGUCGAGAACCGCAGGGCGGCCGGGGUGUAGGAAACGAAUUUAACUUGUGGCUAGGUUAUCUGCGCUCUUUUCACGACGGCCAUGGGACAUACUCAAUAUUGAGUUCAAGUAUUUCGAGAGCAAAAGAGAAGGAGAGUUAGUGGCUGGUUUGCGUGAGCCGGGAUGGGCGAGAUUGAGGGCUCGUACCGGGCCCUGCAGACCCCGGGGACACGUCUGGGGGCCCAGUUCAACGCUGGGAUCAGCACCCUGGAACCCGGCCAGAGCCUCAGUGCUGCCAUGGGCAGCGGGGGCAAGGGUCAGGGGAGAGGGCUACAGAUACGUGUUCAGGGGCUCGAUGACACCCAGGAAUUCUAUGACCUGGAGUCGAAGGUGGAUGGACAGACCCUUCAUUCUGAGGUGUUCCGGAGAUGCAACAUCAUUGAGAGUGAUUACUUUGGCCUGGAGUUCCAGAACAUGCAGAUGAACUGGGUUUGGUUGGAGCUCAAUAAGCUGCUGAUGAAACAAGUCAGAAGACCAGGGAACACUCUCUUCCGGCUGUCUGUCAAGUUCUUCCCUCCAGACCCUGGUCAGCUGCAAGAAGAGUACACCAGGUACCUGUUCUCCCUGCAGGUGAAGAGGGACCUGACAGACGGCCGGCUGAGCUGCACAGAGAACACAGGAGCCCUCCUGGCCUCCCAUCUGCUGCAGUCGGAGAUAGGGGACUUUGAUGACAUGGCCGACAGGGAUUUCCUGCGUGUGAACAAGCUGCUGCCGUACCAGGACAAAGUCCAGGACAGGAUCAUAGAACUGCACAGCAGGCACCUAGGCCAGACUCCUGCUGAGUCCGACUUCCAGGUCCUGGAGAUCGCUCGCAAGCUUGAGAUGUACGGAGUGCGCCUGCAUCCUGCCGCUGACCGGGAGGGCACCAGGAUCAGUCUGGCCGUGGCUCACCUGGGACUGCAGGUGUUCCAGGGCAACACCAAAAUAAACACCUUCAACUGGUCUAAGAUUCGCAAGCUGAGCUUCAAGAGGAAACGAUUCCUGAUCAAGCUCCACCCAGAGGUUCAUGGCCCCCACCAGGAGACCCUGGAGUUCAUGAUGGCCAGCCGAGACCAGUGCAAGAUCUUCUGGAAGAACUGUGUGGAGCACCACUCCUUCUUUCGCCUGUUGGACCAGCCGCAGCCCAAGGCACGGGCCGUCUUCUUCAGCAGAGGGUCCUCCUUCAGAUACAGUGGGAGGACCCAGAAACAGCUGGUGGAGUACGUGAGGGAGAGUGGAGCCAGAAGAACACCAUACCAGAGGAGGAACAGCAAGGUGAGGAGGUCUGCACGCUCGCUGGCUUCAGAUGUGCCAAAACAGAGUUUGUCGUUCAAUGACAGCCUCCGGACGCCGGGCUCCCCUGCCUCCGGAUCACUCUCCUUGCACAUGCACCUGUCCAGCUCCCCAGCCCGCUUCCAGCCCCAGCACAGCCCCGACCCCAGCCUCGGCGCCAGCCCCAGGCUUGGCCCCGGCCCCGGCCUUGGCCCCAGCCAGCCUCCAGCCCCCCAGCAGCCUCAGCCCCCGCAGUCUGCCAGGCCCUCCAGCCCCCCGAAGGAGGACCGUGUCAAGGCCCCCCCGCCCCCCCCUGCUGUCCAAGGCUCCUCCAUGGACAGCCCCCAGCUCUCACCGUUCCCCUCCAAGGACCCCCUCUGCCUGUCUCCCUCCUUCCAGAUGUCCACCCUCAGCCUGCCUGGCCAGGGGCCCUCGCCCCUGCAGAGCCCCAUCCUGAGUGAGGUGGGCACCGCCAGGCUAGACGAGGAUGAGGAGGGCAGGAGGAAGCGCUACCCCACUGAUAAGGCCUACUUCAUCGCCAAGGAGAUUCUGACCACCGAGCGGACCUACCUGAAGGACCUAGAGGUCAUCACCGUGUGGUUCCGCAGUGCUGUCAUCAAAGAGAACGCCAUGCCGGAGGGCCUGAUGACCCUGCUGUUCUCCAACAUCGACCCCAUCUACGAGUUCCACAGAGACUUCCUCAAGGAGAUAGACCAGAGGCUGGCUCUCUGGGAGGGGCGCUCUAACGCUCACGUGAAGGGAGACUACCAGAGGAUCGGAGACGUCAUGCUGAGGAACAUGAGUGCUCUGAAGCAGGAGUUCACCAGCUACUUGCAAAAGCAUGAUGAGGUUCUGACGGAGCUGGAGAAGGCCUCCAAGAGGCUGAAGAAGCUGGAGACAGUGUACAAGGAGUUUGAGCUGCAGAAGGUGUGCUACCUGCCCCUCAACACCUUCCUGCUGAAGCCCAUCCAGCGCCUCAUGCAUUACCAGCUGAUCCUGCAGCGCCUCUGGGGGCACUACCCCCCCGAGCACCCAGACCACGACGACUGCAAAGAGGCUCUGGAGGAGGUAGCAGACAUUGCGGCCCAGCUCCAGGGCAGCCUGGUGCGUCUGGAGAACUUCCAGAAGCUGACAGAGCUGCAGAGGGACCUGAUCGGCAUCGACAACCUGACGGCACCGGGCAGGGAGUUUAUUCGAGAGGGCUGCCUGUACAAGCUCACCAAGAAAGGACUGCAGCAGAGGAUGUUCUUCCUGUUCUCAGACAUGCUCCUGUACACGAGCAAGGGUGUCACAGCAACCAACCAGUUCAAGGUUCACGGCCAGCUGCCCCUACAUGGCAUGAUUCUCAUAGUGCUGGAUGCUCCGGUGGAGGAGAGUGAGAACGAGUGGUCAGUUCCUCACUGCUUCACCAUCUACUCUGCCCAGAGGACCAUCGUGGUGGCAGCUAGCUCCAGGGUGGAGAUGUCUAAGUGGAUCGAGGAUCUGAACCAGGCCAUCGACCGGGCAGGGAAGGCCCUGGAGAAGGGCGACGUUGUGCUGGACCAUGCUGUCUACGACCGCUCCAACAGGUCUUCAGAUGAGGUGUGUCUGGAGCAGGAGUCGGAGGAUGACCUGCACUCGUCUCACGGCUCCCUGGACAAGCAUACACAUCACCGUGCCAACACCACCAUGCAUGUGUGCUGGCACCGCAACACCAGCGUGUCCAUGUCUGACCACAGCCUGGCUGUGGAGAACCAGCUCUCAGGGUACCUCCUCAGGAAGUUCAAGAACAGCAACGGCUGGCAGAAGCUCUGGGUGGUCUUCACCAACUUCUGCUUGUUCUUCUACAAGACUCACCAGGAUGACUUCCCCCUGGCCAGCCUGCCCCUGCUGGGCUACAGCGUGAGCAGCCCCGGGGAGGCCGACAGCGUCCAUAAGGAGUACGUCUUCAAGCUGCAGUUCAAGUCCCAUCUCUACUACUUCCGGGCCGAGAGCGAGUACACCUUUGAGAGAUGGAUGGAGGUGAUCAAGAGUGCUGCCAGCUCCACAGGCAGGAUCAGUCUGCUAGUCCCCAAGGGUUCUGGAGAGAUGAACGGGAACUGAGGGGGGCUGGGGGCUGGGGGCUGGGGGCUGGGCCUCUUAGACUCUCACACAGCAGGGAACCAACACAUGUCCUCCCUGGGUGUGGCAGGCAUCGGGUCAGUGAGGACUCGGGACUGGACAAGACUGGCAGUUGGUUUUCAUGUCUUUGUUUUUACAUUUCAUACAAACCUUCCUCUAGACGCUACUGUGGGACAGUGUUGUUUAAAAUGUUUAUUUUUUGGUAAUCCGUUUUGAAAAUAAUAAUUAUUAUUCCAGUGUAUAAGAUUAAGUGUUGGUAAAGAGGGAAUGCUGUGUAAAUCCAUCUGAUGUAGCAGAGAACUGGGAGGCUGGUGGGAUUGUUUGUUUACACUGCAGAGACCAGCCUCAGGUGCCCUGAGAGGAUGGUGGAUCACUCCUAAAGGGUUCGCAGUAUUAGUGAAGGACUCUGCCAGGUUGAAGGUGACUGUUUCCUGUUGUCUCCUGACUGGGAGAGUCUGUGAUGAAGGGAAUGGGAAGGUGUUGGCAGGGUGGAGUCAGAUGGUGAAUCUGGGUGGAGUCAGGUGGUGAAGCUGGGUGAUGAUGACACUCCCAGCUAUCUUCAGAAGGGCUUCAUGUAUGUUGAAAACAGAGGACAGGUGGUCUGGAACUUUCUCUGUUUUGGAUGUUUACGAAAUAUUGAGACGAUUCAGUCUACACUUAUCAAAGUAUGCAGCAUGUCUGUGGACAGUGCUGUGCGGAUCGAGGCAGAGGAGUCUCCGUGUUUCUGAGGUAGGAAGAGGAGGUGUGUGUAAGGGACCCAGGCUGAACACCAAAACCGCCUUCACCAGCUGGGCUUUCUUCUUUGUGAACUGAACUUUCUAACCGUCUAGAAAUUGUGACAAACAUUAUUAUUUAACAACACUGAAGCAGAUUUAUUUUCUUUUUUAUUAUUACUUUUGGAGAAUAAGGUAUCCCAUUGUUGAACAACCACAUUUUGUUACUUCUUUUUUUUUUCUUCACUGAAAUGUCCAACCUGAUUAGUUUUUGGGAUAUUUUUCACUCAGUUAUUUGGAGAAAGCAAAUUUCUGCUACUGUUGCUAACUUCCUUUGUUUGGGACUUCCUGUGUUUGUGGAUGUUCUAUUCACAAUAAAUACCUUAGUUCAAUCAGCCCGCUCUCAAACCAUGACCUCUUCUCAUUGGUCAAACACAGACAUCAUUUGCAUCCAGUUACUCUUUCAAAGAAAGAUAGGGAAGGGAGCAUCACUGUGUCUCCUGUCUCGCUGGUUCUGGAGUUGGGGGACUAGAAAUGUCAAGUGUGGCUACAGCCCUCGUGAAUACUAUCAUGUGGUCUGCUGGGCUGACGGUUUAGAGGUACAAGCUAUUAGUUCAUCAGGGUUAUCUUUAUUAAAACCAUUUAUUCUUUUAGUUACUUUUACGUAGGUGAGUCAGGCUGUGUUAACCCUGCGGUCUGGACCAGGUGAUCUAACAGGGCUGGAGACUGGAGGAGGAACUGGAGAACUGUACACGGUUAUGUCUUGCUGUAUUUCAUUAACUGAGCACAUACUGACAUGACUGAUGUCUCACACGCGCACACACACACACACACACACUACAUUGGUCUAUGGUUUUGUUAUCUUUUUUAUGAGUACUGGAAUUUUCUCUCUCUCUCUCCCUCUAUCUCUCUAGAGGGCACCUCUAAACCCUACUCCUGCCGUAUCUCUGUCUCUCUUUCUCUCUCUCUCACACACACACCUGGCCUCUGCUGUACAGUGUGUAACUCUAUUUAUUGUGUAGUGUGUCUGAAGGCCCAGAGAGGCUUGCCUGUAGUCUCAUGUUAUUGCAUCAAAAGUAACAAAUAAAAUGGAAACAAUAUAAACAACA